AUGAGAAGGGACGCAACUCGGCUGUGGACGUCACCGGUCGUGGAACUGAAGGCGGACACAGUCGUGAUGCUAGCGGACUGCACCUUGAAGGUUUCGGUGUACCAGGCGCGUCAGUGGACGGCUUGCUUCUGGAAGGACAAAAUGAUCGGUCAAGGUGAAAUGGUGUUCCGGUGCUACGAGAAGGUCAAUGAAAACAAAUCGGAGACGAUCAAAAUUUCAAUUUCAGCGAUCAAAGGGACUGCUGUGCCUUCCCCGCAACCUUCGGUGGUCUGCGAGAUUCGUAUCGAGUUCAAGCGCGGCAUUUGCUAUACCGAAAGUGAAAAUACGUCGCCCCGGGGCGUGCGGGAGACGCCUCUCACCGUGAGACAAGACGCGCUUCUACACUCGCUGGAGCGUCAAGUGCAGCUCAAGACUCAGGCCGAGACGCACGCGCCACUUUUGCGCUCACAGCGGCAUCCAGAGGCGUCCGAGACGCUUCGGGAGUUCGUGGCGCAACGUCAGAGCUCGAGUUCGCGUAAAAAUAAAUCUUCCAUCCAGCUGGAGCCUUCGUUCAUCCACCUGUCCACUCAGGUGGACCAGUGCAUGUCCCAAUGGGACUCUCUAUACGUCCACGCCCAUGCUUCUCAAGCGCUAGUAGCUGAGAUGGAGGCAAGUCACGUCCAAGUAGCUGCCAAGACCCAGGCUUUGUAUCGAAGCUUCGAGGACGUCCUGCAACAGGUGGAGGCCCUGGACGCCAGAGUGGCUGCCAUUGCCGCCCCCAUGCCUCACUUUACAGCUAUAGAUGACGUAGCCCACGCAUUAGGCUUCGGCGUAAAGUUCGCUUCUCCUUCUAGCGGAUCUACGGGUCAUGUCCUCAUGGAGAAAGCCUCUAGACCUAGAACUUCGUCAGCUUCGACGGAUUCAGGCAAGGCGGUGCAGGUUUUCCAGCACCGACGUGGUAUCGACCCCACGACGCCGACUUUUGAGCAGGCAUUGGAGAAGAUCGACGCGUGUGUGGCUUAUCUCACGCAACAUGUAGAGUACAAGGACUCGGCGUGUUUCAUUGAAGCUUAUAAGACACUGGCAGCGGGGGGACUUCAGGGCUUGAAGGACUAUGCGUUGAGUGGACUGGAGGCGGCGAAGGACGCAGUGUACGAGGCUGUCCAGAAGGAGACGCUAGCUGCACAACAGAGCGGGGUGGCGACCUCGUUGGUGUCGCAACUGGAUGAAACUUCGCCCUACUACGUCAAUUUUCAGCUCGUGGCGCCAGCGUUGGCUGCUGUGGCGAAGCAACUCGAGCGUCUGAACACUCAACCGGCUCAAAAUAGCGUCGAGAAUCUGCGAGUACUGGGAGAAGUAGCCGACGCCUAUGCCACUCAGCGGGUGCAGUUGUUGUCCCCGGUGCUUGGCGCCUGGCUGGACGCGGUGUCUCAAACGUCCGAUAUCGUCAACGUGCUGCGUGCCAGCUGUGCCCAGUUACUGAAGGUGUGCGAGGCCGAAUUUCGACUCUUCCUCAAGCUUUUUGGCCACGAUCCAAGCGACGAGCUCUUCAAUUUCUCUGGAGUUGACACGAGUCUCGGAGACGACGACGCUCUAGGUGGAGAAGACAACGAGAACGCGUUCGAACGCCUCAUCUUCCAGCUGAGUGGAUUGCUGUACAACACUGUGCGACCUCAAUUUAUCGCCCAGAAGGACCUGGAAGUUCUGUGCGAAGUCAUCCAAGUGCUGAGAAGUGAAGUGAUUGAAGCUGCCAUCACCCCACGUGCAGCGCUGGUGGGCUAUGCAGAGCCAGUGAUGCAUCGUAUGAUUCAGGACGCUCAGGAGCGACUCAUCCUGUGCAUGCAGAAGUACAUUCGCGACGAGAUCAAAGGCUUCGCGCCUUCUCCUGCUGACUUGGACUACCCAGCCAAACUGGUAGCAGCUGAGCAGGCCGGUGCGUCAUUGUACGCGACGUGGUAUCCGUCGCUAGAGCACACACUGAUGUGUCUGUCGAAGGGAUAUCACUUCGUCAAGAUGGAGAUUUUCGAGGAGUUAGCUCAGGACGCCAUCCAGAUCUGCACAGCGUCGUUGAAAAUGGCGUCGGCCGACAUCACAGCGACGCAGGGUGGUCUGCAUGGCUCGUUGUUCCUAGUCAAACAUCUACUGACACUACGCGAGCAGAUCACACCGUUCGAGAUCCAGUUCGCGCAGAGGAGCAAGGCGCUGGACUUCACCAGCAGUGCAGACGCCAUGAAUGAGCUGCUCGCGGACGCGUCGACGCUGUUCCGAUUCUCGGGUCCGAAUGGGCUUGUGGGGCUCUUUGCGCGUGGAAUUCCGCAGAUCCAGACGACGACGGCUGAUGUGAAGAAGGAGCUGGAGCAGGAGCUGAAGAGAAGCUGCACGGCGUUCAUUGAGAUUGUGCUGCAGCAGUUGGCUCAGCCGUUGCUCGCGCUGAUGAAGCAGGUCGCGCACGUGCAGCAGUCCCAGAAAGCCACGGCGCUGGACUUCCGGCAGUGUGCGUUCACAGCGCCGAGUGAGGUUGGCAACGUGCUCGCGAGUGUCUCGCAUCAGCUGCGUGACAGUCUACCGGAAAUCCUGCAGACGAUUCGUCUGUACCUCCGCAACGCCUCAACUGAGACGAUCCUGUUUAAACCCGUGCAGUCGUGA